ACCACAACCACAGGUGCCGCCACCACAACCACAGGUACCGCCACGGUCACCACAGCAGGCAUCACAACUACCACAGUUGCUCAUUCAACAACCACAGCUGCUCCAACUCCAACCUCAACUACAUCCAUGAUGACCACCACAGUUCCUGCCAUGACAACGACACCUGCAACUGCUGCAGCAGCCACCACAACCACAGUUGCUGCAACAACAACCACAGGUGCUCCAACUACAACAACAGCUACUGCUGCAACCACAACCACAGCUGCCCCCACGACCACCACAGCUGGCAUGACGACUACCACAAUUCCGGUAACAACAACCACAGCUUCUUCGACUACAACAACAGCAGCAACCACCACAAUCGCAGGAGCUGCCACCACAACACCUACUGCUCCUACUACAUCCAUAGCUCCUGUCAUGACAACCACAGAUGCUCCAACUACAACCACAAAUGGAGUCACAACAUCCACAGUUUCUCCCACAACAACCACAGCUGCUGCCACAACAACCACCGAUGCUCCAACUACAAUCACAAAUGGACUCACAACAUCCACAGUUUCUCCCACAACAACCACUGGUGCUGCCACUACAACCACAGGUCCUGCUACGGUCACCACAGCAGGCAUCACAACUACCACAGAUUCUCAUUCAACAACCACAGCUGCUCCAACUACAACCACAGCUACUGCUGCAACACCAAUCACAGCUGCCACCACAACAACCACAGAUGCUCCAACUACAACAACAAAUGGAGUCACAACAACCACAGUUUCUCCCACAACAACCACAGCUGCUGCCACAACAACCACAGAUGCUCCAACUACAACAACAAAUGGAGUCACAACCAUAGUUCCUCCCACAACAACCACUGGUGCUCCAACUACAACCACAGCUACUGCUGCAACACCAAUCACAGCUGCCACCACAACAACCACAGAUGCUCCAACUACAACAACAAAUGGAGUCACAACAACCACAGUUUCUCCCACAACAACCACAGGUGCUGCCACCACAACCACAGGUGCUGCUACGGUCACCACAGCAGGCAUCACAACUACCACAGUUGCUCAAUCAACAACCACAGCUGCUCCAACUACAUCCUCAACUACGUCCAUGGUGACCACCACAGUUCCUGUCAUGACAACGACACCUGCAACGGCUGCCGCUGCAACCACAACCUCAGUUGCUGCAACAACAACAACAGCUGCUUUCACAACAACCACAGAUGCUGCAACCACAACCACAGCUGCUCCCACGACCACCACAUCUGGCAUGACAACUACCACAAUUCCGGUCACAACAGCCAUAGCUGCUUCGACUACAACAACCACCACAAUCACAGGAGCUGCCACCACAACCACUACUGCUCCUACUACAACCACAGCUCCUGUUAUGACAACCACCGAUGCUCCAACUACAAUCACAAAUGGACUCACAACAUCCACAGUUUCUCCCACAACAACCACAUCUGCUGUCACAACAACCACAGGUGCUGCAACCACAACCAAAGCGCCCCCCACGACCACAACAGCUGGCAUGACAACUACCACAAUUCCGGUCACAACAACCACAGCUGCUUCGACUACAACAACAGCAGCAACCACCACAAUCACAGGAGCUGCCACCACAACCACUACUGCUCCUACUACAACCACAGCUCAUGUCACGACAACCACAGAUGCUCCAACUACAACCACAAAUGGAGUCACAACAUCCACAGUUUCUCCCGCAACAACCACAGCUGCUGCCACAGCAACCACAGAUGCUCCAACUACAACAACAAAUGGAGUCACAACAACCACAGUUUCUCCCACAACAACCACAAGUGCUGCCACCACAACCACAGGUGCCGCCACCACAACCACAGGUACCGCCACCACAACCACAGCAGGCAUCACAACUACCACAGUUGCUUAUUCAACAACCACAGCUGCUCCAACUCCAACCUCAACUACAUCCAUGAUGACCACCACAGUUCCUGCCAUGACAAUGACACCUGCAACUGCUGCAGCAGCCACCACAACCACAGUUGCUGCCCCUACAACAACAGCUGCUCCAACUACAACCACACAUGCCCCCACCACAUCCACAGCUGGCAACAGGACUACCACAGUUGCUACUACAACAGGCACAGCUGCGUCUACAACAGCCAGAGCUACUACAGCAAUAGCUGCCACCACCACCACUGCUGCUGGAACGAAUACCACAACUGCUUCGACUACAGCCACAACUUCUGUGACGACAACCACAGCUGCUGCCACAAACACCACUGUACCAACGACAACCAAAAUUGUUCCCACAACCACCACAGCCACCGCUACCACAACUAAGUCAACAGCGGCACCGACAGCGAUUGAGGGGUCAAUGGGAUUAGGAUUCAGAAUGUUCCGUGCAUUCCAAAGUGACUAUACUGAUUCUUCCACAACAGCAUAUCAGGAACUGGCAGAAAAUGUGACCACAGAGGUGAAUCGUGGUUACAAAAUAAUUUACCCUUUAACAUACGUAAGGUGUAGGAUUAUUCAGUUCACGAGUGGUUCAAUUAUUGUCAACAUGACCCUUAUUUUCAAGAACCAGACAGUGGUUCCCAAUGUAACGAGUGUAGAGCAGGGAUUGAAUGACUCUCUGUCUCACGGGAACACCUUCCUCGACAUUGAUACAACCUCCAUUACUGCAAGAACUACAACUUCUGCAGCCACCACAGUUGCCGCAACUACCACAGCCACCACAACAACCACAGCCACCCCCACAACAACAACAACAGCUGGUCCUACACCAAACACAGCUGCUUCAACAACAUCUGUUGUUGAAUCAACAAUAAACAAUGCUGCCACCUCCAGUGGAAUAAGCUACAAGACAAGUCUACUCAUCUGUCUUGUUAUGUUGUCACAACUGCUUGACUAAUACUGAUAUAACUGAUCACCACUGUGACAGGGAAACUUACCAACAAUGUAAUCAUAUUUAUUAUUAGAACUGUAUACUAUUUAUUGAACAGCUUGAGGAUAAUGUAAAAAAAAGAUAGCUGUUCUACCAAUUAUCAACAGGAUUUUAAGAAUCUUGAUAGUUAUUCCUUCUACUUACUGCACUAAUACUUAUUGUAACUGAAUGGUGUAUUUAUACUGUUUUGUAAUUCACUAUUACUCAUACUUUGAAUGAAGAAAAUGCUGGGUUCGUUUUCUGUACCGGAUUAAUGAAGAAAUUAAAUUAAAUGCAAUCCAUUACCUGAAAAGACAUUCACUUCCCUUAAGUCACAUUUCAAUAAUUAUUAUUGUGUGCCAACUGCAUCUGUUAUAUCUUGUUUACAUACAACAUAAAUACCACUUUAUUUCUAUGAUAGGAAUGAGAUGAUAUGAAUAUCAGAAGAUCAAUUUCAAGCAGAACAGGACAUUUGUUUACAA